GUUCACGAAACACCAAUAAGCUGCUGUCUAGCGACUGCGGGGUCACCUUUGGGCGGAAGUGGGUUUGUAGACCUGGAGAAACGAGAUGGGGGUGAAGCUGGAGGUGUUUCGGAUGACACUCUACCUCACUUUCCCUGUGGCUAUGUUCUGGAUUUCCAAUCAGGCUGAAUGGUUUGAGGACUAUGUCAUACAGCGCAAGAGGGAGCUGUGGCCACCCGAGAAGGAGGGCCAGCGUCAAGAGCUAGAAGAAUUCAAAGAGAGGAUACGGAAGCAGCGGGAGGAGAAACUCCUUCGCGCUGCACAGCAGAGCUCCUGAGCCCUCCAAGCACUUGAGUCCCAACCCCUCCACCCGUGAAAUAACACAUACUCAGUUCCUUGUU